GGACAAUUGAUAAGAAGAGAAGGAGCGAAAUAAAGUAGAUAAUUCCUUUGAAUGAUUAUACUUCCUGAUCUAUUAUGAUUCUGGAGCUGUGUUUCCAUCGACAAAUUAUGUGCUACCAUUGCGAAUGUGGACCUUACCAGGGGCAUCACCACAUUACUGUAUAGGCCUUUCUGCUGCUGUUGUAAUGAACUCUAUUGUGUCGCAUGUUAUUCCCGCUUAUUUAUGCGUUUUCAUUGACUUCCGUUUAGUUAGUUUGUCCUGUCUCUUUAAAUUUUGUCAAGUCCUUUCUUCCUCAAAUUUGUGUAGGUCUACAUUUAUUGUAGUUGUGGACCAAGGAACACACACACGUUCUCUCUCCCCCUCUUGCUUGAUUUUUCGCCUGUCUCAAGUUUCAAUUCUACAACCUAGCUCUCCCAAGAUAGCAUUCAGAAAUGUUUCUGAAGGUGCAGCUCCCGUGGAAUGUGAUCAUUUCGGCAGAAAACCUGGAUGCGAAGGGACUCAUGCUGCAAAGGUCCAUUAUAAUACGCCUCCUGGACGACUUUGCAUGUAAGAAGGCAACGAAGGACCUGGGUUAUUUCCUGGCUGUGACGACACUGGAAAGCAUUGGCGAAGGGAAAGUGAGACAACAUUCUGGAGACGUCCUUUUUCCUGUGGUCUUCAGUGGCAUCACCUUCAAGCUUUUCCGGGGAGAAAUCCUGGACGGAGUCGUGCACAAGGUCCUCAAGCACGGGGUCUUCUUGAGAUGCGGGCCUGUCGAGAACGUCUACCUCUCGAACUUGAAGAUGGCGGAAUACAAGUAUGUGCCUGGGGAGAAUCCUGUCUUCCUGAACGAGAAGCUUUCCAAGAUCGGGAAAGAUGUGACGGUUAGAGUCAUGGUGAUUGGGACAAAGUGGCUGGAGGUCGAGAGGGAUUUUCAGGCACUGGUCAGCGUGGAGGGUGAUUUCUUAGGACCCAUUUCGUAAUAGGUUUGUCA